AUGGCGCAAUCACAGCAACAGCUGAGUCACAAGGACGCGGCCUUGUUCAGGCAAGUCGUCCGCAACUUUGAAAACAAGCAAUACAAAAAAGGUCUCAAGGCUGCUGAACAAAUCCUCCGGAAAACGCCAAAUCAUGGGGACACGCAAGCGAUGAAAGCCCUGAUCAUGAGCCACCAAGGACACACCGAUGAAGCCUUUGCCCUGGCCAAAAUCGCCCUCAACAACAACAUGAAGUCGCAGGUUUGCUGGCAUGUGUACGGCUUACUCUACCGUGGUGUAAAAAAUUAUGAAGAGGCUAUCAAGGCAUACAAGUUCGCGUUGCGGUUAGACCCCGAUUCGGUGCCUAUACAGAGGGAUCUGGCGCACCUUCAGGUUCAAAUGCGGGAUUAUGAAGGCUACAUCCAGAGCCGGAAAAACAUGCUGCAACAGAAACCAGGGUUCCGGCAAAAUUGGACAGCCCUCGCCAUCGCCCAUCACCUGGCCGGAAACUACGAGGACGCAGAGAAUGUCCUCUCUACAUACGAGGAAACACUCAAGGCAAAACCGACCAGGUCAGACAUUGAACACUGGGAAGCCGUACUCUACAAGAACUACAUCAUUGCCGAGUCGGGCGAGCUCGAGAAGGCGCUCGAACACCUGGAGGCCGUAGGAAAGAAGAGCCCCGAUGUCCUUGCGGUGAUGGAAAUGAAAGCAGACUAUCUUGCCAGGCUGGGUCGGAAAUCGGAGGCCGAGGCAGCGUAUGCCGCCUUGCUCGAGCGCAAUCCGGAUGAUUCCGCCUACUACGAUGGAUAUAUCGCUGCCAAGGGGUUAGUCGAUGGUCCAGUAUCAGAGAUCAACAAAGCAUAUCAGGAACUUGCAGAAAGACAUCCUAAAGCCGACCUUCCCAGGAGAAGACCGUUGGACGUUCUAUCCGGGGAGGAGUUCAAGCAAGCUGCCGACCAAUAUCUGCAACGAAUGCUGCGGAAAGGGGUUCCUUCGACCUUCGCAAACAUCAAGCAUCUUUACACCGACGAGUCCAAGCGCGACACUGUUCAGGAAUUGGUGGAGGGAUACGCCGCCGGGAAUUCACAACCACACACGAAUGGUGCACAGGAAAAUGGCGACAAAGAAGAAAGCCGUUUCAGAUCCUCGGUUCUCUACUUCCUCGCGCAGCAUUAUAAUUAUAAAUUAAGCCGCAAUCUCGACAAAGCUCUCGAUUACGCCGAAAAAUGUAUAGCACUGGAUCCGCAGUCGGUCGACUUCCACUCGGUCAAGGCCCGCACAUACAAGCACAAAGGGGAGUUGACCAAAGCUGCCGAAAUUAUGGACUACGCGCGCUCACUGGACGAGAAAGACCGGGCAAUCAACACUAAGUGCGCAAAGUAUCAGCUUCGUUGCGAUCACAAUGACAAAGCCCUGGAGACCGCAAGCAAAUUCACCCAGAACCGCACCGGAGGUCCGCUGGGGGAUCUCGUCGAUAUGCAAUGUGUCUGGUACCUUACGGAAGAUGGACAGUCUUACUUGCGCCAACGGAAACUCGGUCUUGCAUUGAAAAGGUUCCACCAGAUCCUCGGCAUCUUUGAUCUGUGGCAAGAAGAUCAAUUUGACUUCCACAACUUUUCCCUUCGAAAAGGUAUGAUCAGGGCAUACAUCGACAUGCUGCGGUGGGAGGAUCGCCUGAGAGAACACCCUUUCUUCUCCAACAUGGCUGUCUCUGCGGUGAAGUCGUAUUUGCUCCUGUUUGACAACCCGGACCUGGUACAUGGACCAAUUAUGGACUCUGUCAAUGGCACAAACAAGGCAGGAGAGAUGAGCGCUGCAGAUCGCAAGAAGGCGCUCAAGAAGGCCAAGAGGGAACAGGAGAAAAUGGAGAAGGCCGAGGCAGAGAAGAAAGCGGCGCUGAAGGCGAGCAAGCCCACACCGAAAGCCGAAGAAGGGGAAACCAAGAAGGAAGACCCGGACCCUUUCGGCAAGACUCUUGUCGAGACAAAAGAGCCUCUGAAAGACGCAAUGAAGUUUCUGAGUCCGCUGUUGGAGUUCUGCCCUGACGUCGUGGGGGGGCAGGAGGUCGGGUUCGAGGUGUACCUGAGGCGAAAGAAAUAUCUACUUGCGUUGAAGUGUCUGCUGGAGCUGAAGCGUCUGGGUGCCAAAGAAAGCGAGGUGAAAGAAAUGGGAAUGAGACUGAGGAAAUCAUUCGAAGGGAGUGAGAAAGACGUGCCAGAGCAGGUCCGUGAGAUUGUCAAGACGGAAACGGGAAAGCUGCAAUGCGCCUUCGUAGAGGCACCUCCUAAGAAGAGACGGAAGCAGAAUGAUGCGGCAUCCCCGGAGGAGGCUGCUGUCCCCUCAGUUUCGCCGGCAGGAACCCACAAAGAACCGCCACACUAUUACUCGAAUUUCCCAGAGGUGUCUCUGCUCAGCCAGACACUUGGCCAUCAGCACUUUCGAACGAACUCAUACAUUGGCGCGACGUCCUCUCCCAGCCGUCUACUGCUUGAACUCCCGAGUAGCUCUGAGCCAAGCAAAUAUCGAGCGUCUGUCUCCGGCUCUGAGGUCCGUCGCGUGGGCCAGGAUGGCUUUUUUCUUAUGCUGCCAGAUGACGAGAGUGUCAUUAAGGAGCAACUUGAGGUCCUCGACAGAAUCGAGGCUGCAAUAUCUCCACAUGGUCCGGCUCUGGUGGAGCUGUACUUUCGCAUUGUUCACCCCAGCUUCCCGAUCCUUCACAAAGAUGUGUUCCUGGUGAAGUAUGGCCACUCAUAUCGGGAACUCACACCGGCGUGUUUAGCCGCAGUUUAUAUGUUGGCCUUGAAUUGGUGGUCUUAUAGCGUUGACCUCGCUGAUUCUGUGAAGCCUGAUGUCUCGGACCUCGAGCAGCUGGUGCCAUUCCUCAUGGCAUUCGACAAAGCCGCAAAAGUGUCCGACAUCCAGGCCGGCUUACUGUUCCUGCAGCGACCCAGACACGAUUCUUGGAGGUUAACUGCUCAACUAGUUGCCACUGCCGAAGAAGUUGGUCUUCACCGCGAUUGUACAGCAUGGCAAAUUCCGGAUUGGGAGAAGGGCGUCCGUAAACGCAUUGCCUGGGCUCUAUUCAUGCAGGACAAGUGGGGGGCCCUCAUUCAUGGACGUCCCUCACACAUCAAGGCGGAUAACUGGGAAGUCUUUCCGCUCGAGCACGAAGACUUCCCAGAGAACGUGGAAGAAGAUCACGUCGAACAAGGGAGUUCUGAGGUGGAGAAAGGCAUUCUGAUCUUUAUACACCUCUCAACACUGACACAGAUCCUGUCCGAUGUCAUCGACGAGCUGUUUACCGUGCAAGCCAGCAAGAGACAUGACAGUACAGUUGCCCUACUGCAAACGGUGAAGCCGAUCCAACUACGGUUGAAGUCUUGGUAUAACAGUCUUCCGUCAUGUUUGGAACUCGGCGCUACCACAUCAAGAAAACUGUCCGCUACAGGUCAACUUUAUCUCGCCUAUCUCACCGUAGAAGUGACUCUCCACCGAGCGAUUGUCGAGUCCGAGGUGAAGAAACCACUGGAUGUUGGUUUGCGACAGAUCACCCGUGAAGCGGCGAUCAUGAGAUUCAAAUCUGUUGUCGACUUUCUGAAACGACUCAAGCCUGAGCAUAUGCAAGGAUUCUGGCAUUUUGCGUCGGGAUCUUGUUUAGCUAUCAUCGGCACAUUUUCGUUGGUGCUUCUUGCCACAAGUACUGAUCCGAGUGAGUCGAGGGCUAUCUAUUCUCAGAUCGCCGAGUUUCGAUGGCUCCUCAACAUUAACGGACCGGGUGCUGGUUUCACAAAACCGGCGGUGGACCUCCUUCAAUCGAACGCAGGUUUUCUAGCAACAUAUCGUCCUCGAGGCCCUGCCAAAAUCACUCCUGGUAACAAUCAAGAUCGAACAGACCGGGACGCGGAUCAGGUUCGGUCCACAGCAUUGUCGAACAAUGGAAGACAAGAUGAGGCUGCCAGAAACACAGCAAGUACGCCGGCCUUCGACAACUUUUCUGGAGACCUCCACGCCUUAUCAGCAGAUGUCAGUAUUAGCCCGAACCAGGCAUGGUUCUACGACUUCGAUGACCUUGUAUCCUAG